AUGGCAUCAAAACCCCGUUUAAUUAACACCAAAGAAGCCCCUCCCCCACGGCCAUUUUAUAACCAGGCAGUCAUUGCAAAUGGCUUUGUUUUCUGCUCGGGCCAGCUUCCCAAGGAUUCUACAGGAAAGAUUGUCAAGGGCACCAUCCAAGACCGUGUUUAUCAAUGCAUUAGAAACUUGGAGGCCGUGCUGGAAUCCGCCGGGUCCAGUCUCGAGGAAAUGGUGGAAGCAAAUGUUUUCCUGUCAGAUAUGGAGGACUUUGAGAAAAUGAACGAGGUUUACCUGGAAUGGUUUGGUGACAUCAAGCCCGUUAGAAUUUCCGUGGCAGUCAAAUCGAUCCCGGAAUACACCGACGUUGAAAUGAAGUGUGUUGCGCUCUUGUAA